CGAUGCAUUGAUGGCAUCCUGUCACGGUGGAAGCGAUUACUUCACGUUUGUACCAGCAGGCAUGAAGGCGUUAAAAAUGUAGGUGCAUCUUUUGUUGAGCGGAGGCUAUUAUAAUAGAUACACGCUCGUCCCGUGCUGCAUUAGCCACUACUGCUGGAUGUGGAGAUCACAAAGUAUUAUCCUGGCGGAGUAGGAGGAUGUACAGGCUUGUGUCCAAGGCGGCGGUGGUGAUUAUGGUGAGGAUCAUCUUAGCGCAGGAUCCUCAACCAGAGGUUGAAGGGCCAACAAUCAUCUCAUCUCUUUCACCUUUGUCACCUGGAGAGGAGCGUGUACUUGCCUUACAAGAAUCUGGGAUACCCUCAGCCCUUAGCUACGCCCGUCUUGCAGCACCGCCUUUCCCUGUGCUAUCCUCCUUCACUACCUGCUACUGGCUGCGGCUCACCAGGUUUCGUGAGGAGUCCACGCUUAUGUCCUAUGCUGUGUCUGACGACCGCGACAAUGAACUCAGAAUGGGGCAGGAGCAGGACCGGUUUGGGGGUGGAUUUCAAAGAGACCAGAGUUUCAGUGGAGAGAUCACCCAGCUCAACUUCUGGUCAUCAGUGCUCAGCCCAUCAACAAUCAGCAAGAUAGCACGGUGUGAAGAAGAACAAGAAGGGAAUGUUCUCAGCUGGUCCUCGCAGCGCUGGAACAUAUCUGGGGAGGUGGCAUGGAAAGUGUGGCAGAAGGAAGACAUAUGUAACCGCCAGCGUCGGAGAGUCACAUUCUUUCCUGAUAGAUUUUCUCUCAAGGCCUCUCUCCAUUUAUGUAAGGUGGUGGGAGGCAGUGUGAUGGUGCCACUGGAUGACCAAGAAAACAUGAGACUGUAUGAAAGGUCUCAAGGAAGAGCCACUUACUGUUCCAAGGGACAGGGCUCCUCAUACCUGUGGAUGGGUGCCACAGACUCUCGGCAGGAGAGGCUGUGGGAAUACUGGGAGACAAAUGAACCUGUCUCAUGGGAAGGCCCAUGGCGAGGCUCAGGACCUAAUGGCGGCACGGCAGAGAACUGUUUGGUUAUGCUGAGUGGCACUUUCCCCUCCCGGUGGUCUGAUAUUGCUUGUCUUGACUCAUAUGAGUUUUGUGUCCCUUGUGAGUUCCCACAGCUGUCCACCCUAUACUUAAAGGGACCAGCUGUCUGUCCCAACUCUCCCUUCAAUCAAGAGUAUGUGCUGGGGGCUGAAAGGGGAGGCCGUCCUGCACUUCAUGGCUUCUUCCACUCUGACAUUUAUUGGGAAACAGGCAACAAGUCUUGGACCAUACGCUCCCUGAAGGAGGAAGGAGCAACUGCACUAUGGCAGCCCCUGCGGGAGGGCAAUUAUCCUUUUGGGACCAAGACAUGGAAGCUGGCCGGUGAAGUGUGCAACAUCCUGCCAGGUACACUGGUCAACCUCACACUUUCUGUCUGUCGCAAUGACCAAUUCACUUGUUCUGAUGGCACCUGUAUUCCUCUUGAGAACCGAUGUGACCUGCGCAUUGACUGUGGAGACCAGAGUGAUGAAGCGCAAUGCUCUGUUGUUCAGCUGCCACAAGGUUAUCGCAAUACCAUUCCUCCUCCACCCACUCAAGAAGGCAGUCCACUUCAGGUCCUGAUCUAUAUUAACAUCAUUGCUUUCCCAUCCAUUGUGACACAAGACUUAACAUACGUCUCAACAAUGUCCCUCAGUCUGCAAUGGAAAGAUGUCCGUCUCAGUUAUCUCAACCUGAAAGAUGACCGCACUCUCAACCUACUCUUUGGAGAGGCCGUAGCCAGCAUCUGGACACCAAGGGUAUUCUUCAGUAAUGCCCAGGGUAAUAUCUUCACCAAUCUUGACCAGGGGGCACGAGUGGAAGUAGUGCGCCAAGGUACCUCUAAGCCAGCUCCUCCUCACCUCACCCAUGAAAUGAAUAUCUUCUCUGGUCUUGAAAACAGUUUGGAAACGAGUCAGCUCUACACCCUCACCUACACCUGUGACUUUGACCUCAUCAUGUUCCCCUUCGAUGCUCAGGUGUGUUUCCUACGCUUUACACUGGUGUCAGCAGCAGCAACUUACAUGCAGCUGGUGCCUGCUGCUGCCAAUUAUUCAGGACCACCAGCACUUAUUGAGUAUACCAUUGGUCGACUGGACAUGGAAAGAGUCUCUGGAGGGGAGUUUUCAACUAUACAAGUGAAUGUGAGAUUUAUUAGGCGAUAUGGCUUCUACCUCCUCACCCUCUACAUCCCCACCACCCUCCUGAUGGUCAUUGCCUAUGCAACUUUCUUCUUCAAGAUCGAUGACUUCAACUCCCGCAUUGUGGUGGCACUGACAGCCCUGCUUGUCCUUGCCUCACUCUUCACCCAGGUGAUCAGCAAAGACGCAGAGGCACAAGAAGAGAUCCCCACCUUUGCUCCAUCCACUCCAGAGAAGAAAAAUAAUAUGGCCUUAAUGGUAUUUGGCCGCAUCCUAGUUCCUAUAAUUUUCCUCAUCUUCAAUCUUACCUAUUGGGGUUCAGCCCUCACGCACCUGGCCAACCUAGAUACAUGAGCACAAGUACCAAGAGGAAAAAGUAACAGUGAACACAGGAAGAGAGAGAGAGAGAGAGAGAGAGAGAGAGAGAGAGAGAGAGAGAGAGAGAGAGAGAGAGAGAGAGAGAGAGAGAGAGAGAGAGAGAAAUAGUAAUUAGUUCUCUUUGGUCUCAGUUUAUAUUUUCUGCAGACAUGCACAGCUGUUAUUACGUAUGACUGAAAUAGAUUUGUAAGUUUGCAUCUGAGAAAUUCAGACGAUAUUACUACUGUAGAUUUUUAUCGAUUGAUUUCCAAUAUCCUUUUUUUUUUUUUUUUUUUUUUUUUUUUUUUUUAUACCAUGUGAGCUUUUCACAGGAAUUUAUGGGCUAAAGGGGAUACUUUUUGGGGUACCUCCUCUCUCAAAGCCCACCUGCUAGAAAACCGCUGCCCCAAGUGAGGAAGCCCAACCUACACUCCGAUCGUGGACAGGAUUCGAACCCCAAACCACGCAUGUUUCCAGUGUACCACGGUACAAAAUAUAUAUUUAGUUGCCUUCAAGAGAAAAAGCAAAAGUAGAUAUACCAGAUGUUUGCACUGUACUAUUAAUAACUUUAGAUAGUAGAUGCACCAGCAGGUGCUUGCAGUACAUAUUAAUGAUUUUGGAUGUUAAUAAAGUUAUAUUAGCUACAGCCAACUGUUUUAGUGCUUUAAUAUUUUACAGAUUAAAUUAUGUGACUCACUGUUAUAUUUGCUUUAAAUGACUUUUUGGAAAGAAUAUUCAUGGACAAUGGAAAAACCCAUGACACCCUACUCAAAAUUA